AUGAGGUCUCUGCUGUUGCUGCUGCUGCUGCUGCUGCAGCAGCAGCAGCAGCAGCAGCAGCGGCAGCGGCAGCGGGCCCAGCCCCAGAGCAGACCAGCAGCAGCAAGAGCAGCAGCAGCAGCAAGAGCAGCAGAAGAUAGAAAAAAAAACAAAAAAGGAGACAAAGGAGACAGCUGUAAGAAGCAGCAGCAGCUGCUGCAGCAGCAGCAGCAACAACAGCAGCAGCUGCAGCUGCUGCAGCUGCUGCUGCGGCUGCGGUUGCUGCCCGAACAGCAGCAGCAACAGCAGCAACAGCAGCAACAGCAGCAACAGAAACAGCAGCAACAGCAGCAGCAGCAGAAACAGCAGCAGCAGCAGCAACAGCAGCAGCAAGGGUUUUGGCUGCCUAUACACCUCAUCGCUAAGAAGCAGCAGCAGCUGCUGCUGCAGCAGCAGCAACAACAGCAGCUGCUGCAGCUGCUGCAGCUGCUGCUGCGGCUGCUGCUGCCGGAACAGCAGCAGCAACAGCAGCAACAACAGCAACAGAAACAGCAGCAACAGCAGCAGCAGCAGAAACAGCAGCAGCAGCAGCAACAGCAGCAGCAACAACACAGAAGACAGCAGCAACAGCAGCAAGAAGGAUGA